AUGUUUUGUGUUUUGAUUGAUGAAUCUGGUGAUGUUGCUGAAACAAGUGCUAAGUCACUUAAGGAGGAACUUGAGAAGUUGUUGUCUAUUAAUGGCUUGAGUUUUUCUAGCAUUAGUGGCCAAGGGUAUGAUGGAGCUAGUAAUAUACAAGGUAAGUUUGCUGGUUUAAUAACUUUAAUCCAAAAUAAGAAUCCAUCUUCUUAUUAUGUGCGUUGUUUUGCCCAACAGCUUCAAUUGACACUUUCUGCAUGUGCUAAGACUCACAAAGAUAUUAGUGAUUUUUUUCCGCUUUGGGACAAACAAGUAACUCAGUUUGCUAAAUUGAUUGAAGAGGGCCUGAUAGAGACUAGCAAUGGCUUAAAUAAAGAAUCAUCCAUUGUUAGAGUAGGUGACACUCGUUUGGGUUUCCACUUUAGAACUCUAACUAUUUUGAUGACUUUGUAUGAUGCCAUUAUUGGGAUGGUUGAGAUUUUAGGAUUUACAAAUGAUUUGAGUGAAGCACUACAAAAGCGUGGGCAAGAUCUUUUGAAUUUUUUGCCACUUGUCAAUGCUGCCAAACAAGAAUUACAACAAAGGAGGAAUGAUGGAUGGGAAGGAGUUAUAUCCAACGUUAUGGAAAUUUGUAAUAAGCAUGAUAUUGAUGUUCUUGAUAUGGAUGCACCGUAUGUGCAAUGGAAGAAACCUAUGUUAGAACAAGAAUUGUUCUGA